AGGUGUCAGGACGUCACCGUCUAUUUCUCCAUGGAGGAGUGGGAGUAUUUAGAAGGACACAAGGAUCUGUACAAGGACAUCAUGAUGGAGGAUCAGUUGCCCCUUACACCAGCAGUUAAGAAAGAGAGAAUAACACUGGAGAGAUGUCCCAGUCCGCUUCUUCUACAGGAUGGUUCGGAAGAACAUCACAAUGUCCCACAGGAUGAUCAGCUUCUGAAUCCAGGAGAAGAUCUGAACAUUAUAUAUGUUACAGAGACAUAUGUGAGGGGUGAUGAGCAGAGUACAGAGGACAUUCCUACAGAUAACUGCCCAGAUGACUGUACCAGGAACUCAGAGAGACAUCUGCUAUCUUCACAUUUUAAAGUAGAUGUUUGUGAUAUCACAUCUGAUCCUUUUCAUCUGAUAUCAUCUGAUCCUUUUCAUCUGAUAUCAUCUAAUCCUUUUCAUCUGAUAUCAUCUAAUCCUUUUCAUCUGAUAUCAUCUGAUCCUUUUAAACAGGUUCAAUCUUCUGAUUCAUCACAGAGUGUAACACAUAAAAGUCACAGAUGGGGUGAACGUCAAACAGCUCACAUAAGGGAGAAGCCAUUUUCAUGUUUAGAAUGUAACAGAUAUUUUAGCUAUGAAUCAGAACUUAUUACACAUCAGAGAAUUCACACAGGGGAAAAGCCAUUUUCAUGUUCAGAAUGUGGUAAAUGUUUUGCCCUUAAAUCAGAUCUUGGUAGACAUAAGAGAAUUCACACAGGGGAGAAACCAUUUUCAUGUUCAGAAUGUGGUAAAUGUUUUAACCAUAAAUCAGAUUGUGUUAAACAUGAGCGAAUCCACACAGGGGAGAGGCCACAUUCAUGUUCAGAUUGUGGGAAAUGUUUUAAUGAUAAAUCGGAUCUUGUUAAACAUGAGCUAAUUCACACAGGUGAGAAGCCAUUUUCAUGUUCAGAAUGUGAAAAAUGUUUUGCUGUAAAAAAAUAUCUCGUGAGACAUCAGAGAAUUCAUACAGGGGAGAAGCCAUAUUCAUGCUCAGAAUGUGGGAAAUGUUUUGGUAUAAAAAAAGAUCUUGUUGGGCAUCAGAGAACUCACACUGGAAAGAAGCCAUAUUCAUGUUCAGAAUGUGGGAAAUUUUUUGCUGUAAAAAAAGAUCUUGCUAAGCAUCAGAGAAUUCACACAGGUGAAAAGCCAUAUUCAUGCUCAGAAUGUGGGAAAUGUUUCACUGUUAAAAAAGAUCUUGUUGGACAUCAUAGAAUUCACACAGGGGAGAAGCCAUAUUCAUGCUCAGAAUGUGGGAAAUGCUUUGCCCUCCAAAGCAAUCUUCUCGUACAUCAACGAAAUCACACAGGAGAGAAACCAUUUUCGUGUUCAGAAUGUGGGAGAUGUUUUAACCACAAAUCAGAUGUUGUUAGACAUCAGAAAAUUCACACAGGGGAGAAGCCAUUUUCCUGUUCAGAAUGUGGAAGAUGUUUUAAUCACAAAUCAGAUCUUGUUAGACAUCAGAGAACUCACACAGGGGAGAAGCCAUUUUCCUGUUCAGAAUGUGGGAAAUGUUUUAACCAUAAAUCAGAUCUUGUUAGACAUCAGAAAAUUCACAAAAGGGAGAAGCCAUUUUCCUGUUCAUAAUGUGGGAGAUAUUUCACUCAGAAGUCAACCCUUGUUGACCAGGAGAGAAGCCAUAUUCAUGCUCAGAAGGUGUGGAAUGUUUUGUAUGUAGUUUGAACGUCAAAUAAUUCACACAAGGGAGAAGCCAUCUCAUGUUUAGAAUGUGGGAGAUGUUUUACUUGGAAAUCAUUUCUUGUUGACAAUCAGAAAAUUCACCCAGGGUAGUAGCCAUUCUCAUUUAUUUAUUUUUUAUUGAAGUACAAGUCAUACAAGAGAAAGGGAAAGCAAUUUACAGCACUGAAUGAUGGUUAAGUCAGUUAAAUGCACAUGGAAUUCUACUAACACUUUUAUAUCAAUCACUGGAAUAGAAUAUUUCAUAUUAAAUUCUAUAAUUGCAUAUAAAUAACAUCAUAUAAGGCAUAUCGAACAUUUAUUCAAGCAGUGAAUUAUUAUCUGGAACACGGUUUGUUUAGUAUUAUAAUGGGCCAAGGCUAGAAUGGCUGCAUCAAAGAAGUCUGCUUUACCUCUACCGCCAGAAAAGUAUAUAGAAGCAGCGAUGAGUGAGCUUCGGAUACUACAUCCGAAGUCACUUCGUUCAAAAUUUUGGAUUAAUACUGUAUGGAGAUCAGUCUCUCUACAG